AUGGCGACGGCUGAUCAGCCUUCGGGCUUGAUGGACAUCGCGAGUUCCCUCUCGCAAGAUGAAAUUCCCUUCAAGCUGCGAUGCGCAAUCUGCAACAAACUCGCCUUGAACGCCUUCCGCCUUCCCUGCUGCGAACAGGCCAUUUGCGAGUCCUGUCAAGCAUCGCUUCCCGAGACUUGCCCCGUCUGCGCGCAUACCCCGAUCUCCUCCGAUCUUUGCAAGCCGAAUAAAGCUCUGCGCACCACCCUCAAAGCUUUCCUCCGCACCGAAGAGAAAAAGCGCGAAAAAGAACGACAGUCGACCACUCCCAUUGUCAAUGGUGUCCACCCCGUCGACGAGGCGACCCCAUCUCAAGAAAUUCCCCCGGUAUCCGAGACCCCCGAAGUCAAGACAACGGAAGAGACUGUCGGAGCGACCCCGGCAGCAGACGUCUCUCAGGAGCCUCCAGUGGAAACCAAUCUCCCCGAAACCACCGCCGAACAUGCACCUGAACCCGAACAGCAACUCCCCUCGGAGGCACAACCUGAGAUCGAACACGAUGAAUCCGUUCCCGCCGAGACCGUCGAAGGCAUCGACGGCGCAGAGCAACCCGCCGAGCAACCCAACGAGAAUGAUGAAACGGGCGUGGCCCAGUCAACCGAACAAGACGAGUCCCAAACCCCCGCGAUGGGCGCCAUGCCUCCCAAUGGCAUGGGCAUGACGCCAGGCAUGUUCCCCAACAUGGGAUGGAACGGCAAUGGGGACUUUAACCCCAUGUCCCAAUUUAUGGGCAACGGCAUGUUCAACUUCCCGAAUCCUAUGGCAAUGUCCGGCAUGAUGGGCCCGAUGACCGCGAAUCCGGGAAUGUUUGGGGGCUACGGGAUGAACAUGAAUGGCAUGAACAAUGGCAUGAGUAUGGGGAUGAAUUACAACGCUGGUCAAGGCAUGUAUGGCGGAUGGGACGGCUCACAGAACAAUAUGUGGAAUGGAGGCCAAGAUAAAUUCAAUCCAAAUGCUUUCGCAAAUGGUAUGGGCCCGCAGUAUGGGCCCUCCUCCUCUGGAUUUGGCGGCUAUAAUCCCAACGGCGUUCCGCAACAACAGCAGCAAGACUUCCAGAAUGGCUAUUAUGGCCCCGGGUUUGGUCGCGGCAACUUCCGGGGCCGUGGUCGUGGCUUUGGCCUUGGCGGCGCUGGUCGCGGCCACGCGUUCGCAGCAGCCAACUACCCUAAUGCUAAUCAGGCAGCGUUUCAAUCUCCUAACUCGCCCGCCGUCCCUUCGGACAUGGCGUCUCAAGCGCCGGAAGACCAGGACGCCCAUCAAGAGGGCCCCACUGAGACCAGCGAGCCGCCACCUGGUCAGGAUCAGCCUGCACAGGAUGCCAACGGUGAUCCUUCAGGCGAACCGGCAGAGUCCGCCCCGGCGGGUACGCAGCAAGAACCAGACGAGUCGCAGCUGCGCGGCAUUCCAACGAUUGACAGUUUGGACCAGGCCAACGCCCAGAUGAUGCCUGGCGGACCCAUGGGCAUGAUGGGCCACAUGGGCCCGGGCUUCGGACGCGGCGGCUACAUGCGCGGACCCUACGGCGGUCGGGGAGGCUUCGGCGGCCCACUCGGGCAUGGCGGUAACAUGCACGGUGCUAACAUGCAGAUGCCUCGAGGACCUGGAGUUGAAGGCGCCCCCGCUGCGCCGCGCGCAAUGCGAGAAGGCCUCCCAAACACCAGUAUCUUGCGACAGCGCCACUUCCAGGGUCCCGGAUCCGCACGGUCGUCAGUGCCAUCCAUGAGAACCUCGGAACCGCCCCAAAGUGUGACUCCAGCUCCAGCGACGGAGGAUCAACCGCCUCGUUCACAAUCCAGAUCCAAGUCCCGCGGUCGAUCUGCGUCCCAAGCCCGGAGCAGGUCGCGAUCUCCCGCCCGUCACUAUCGCCAGCGGUCAGUCAGCCGCGCCGACAACACCAAUAACAACCAUGAAGAAUCCGACCGCCGGUCUGACCGUCCCCGGCGCCCCCGCCAUCGCGACGAUCAGUAUGACGACAGACACGAGACAGGCGACCCCCGUCGCACACGCUCCCCAUCCGUGGACUCGCAUCGCUCGUCGCGUCGCAGAGACAGAGACCGCGAACGCGAACGAGAUCGUCGCAGCGGCCGACGGUCUCACCGCUCGCACCGCUACCGCAGCACCAGCCGCGACGCCGAUUCCCGGGACGGCGAUCGACUCGCCCUGAUCCCAGAAGAAAACGGAACAUCUCCCCGCGGCAAGACCCCCGAGCCCACCGAAAGCUCCAGCCGCAGCUAUCGCUCGUCCAAGGACCGGCCAACCCGACGGGAAGAAGAGCGUGAACGAGACCGUGACGCUCGGCGUCGGGACCGCGAUCGUGACAGACAUCGCGAGCGAGAUCGAGACCGCGAACGAGACCGCGACAGAGACCGGGAUCGAUACCGAGACCGUGAGCGAGACCGCGACCGCGACCGCGACAGGAAACGCUCUCGCCGCGAUCGCUCCGAGUCCCCUGCCGACAGCGAGUACUCCUCGCGCCACCAUUCACGCCGCGUCAAACGCACCCGCGACGAUGACGUCCGUAGCAGCGGCGACCGCGACCGUCCGCCCAAGGAGAAACCGCCGCGCACCGCGGAGCCCGAAAAAGACCCGCAUACGCUGGAGCGCGAAGCCCGCAACCGCGAACGCAUGCUCAAAGAACAGCAGCGACGCGAGGCGAUGCAGGCCGACCGCGACGGCGGCAGCAGCAAGUCCAGUCGCCGCCAGGAUAAUCGCCCGGAGCGCAGUCUUGCCGGCGGGCGGCGCGUUAGCUACAAAUAUGAAGAUGAGGAGAAUGACGCGGCUCGCGCGGCGCGUGUCGAGAGCGAGCGCGAGGCGAGUCGCUGGGCGUGA